UUCAGCACGAGCCGGAAGUGACGCGAUUGCGACCCUUCAGCGACGCGCGGAGCUUCGAUGAAUUAACGGCGGAAUUAAAGUCCACGUCUUCAUCGGUUCACCGGAGUAACCAUGGCGACUAAACGUAAAUGCGACGUGACGGUCCCCGCGGAGGAAAGCGACCAGCUGCUCAUCCGCCCGCUAGGAGCAGGACAGGAAGUGGGUCGGUCCUGCAUCAUCCUGGAGUUCAAAGGACGGAAGAUCAUGCUGGACUGUGGGAUCCACCCUGGGCUCGAGGGGAUGGACGCGCUCCCCUACAUCGACCUCAUCGACCCGGCUGAGAUCGACCUGCUGCUCAUCAGCCACUUCCACCUGGACCACUGUGGAGCUCUGCCCUGGUUCCUGCAGAAGACCAGCUUCAAGGGGCGGACCUUCAUGACGCACGCCACCAAGGCCAUCUACCGCUGGCUGCUGUCCGACUACGUCAAAGUCAGUAACAUCUCAGCAGACGACAUGCUCUACACGGAGACGGACCUGGAGGAGAGCAUGGAGAAGAUCGAGACCAUCAACUUCCACGAGGUGAAGGAGGUGGCCGGCAUCAAGUUCUGGUGCUACCACGCCGGCCACGUGCUCGGCGCCGCCAUGUUCAUGAUCGAGAUCGCCGGCGUCAAGUUGUUGUACACGGGGGACUUCUCCCGUCAGGAGGACCGACAUCUGAUGGCGGCUGAGAUCCCGAGCGUCAAACCCGACAUCCUGAUCACGGAGUCCACCUACGGGACGCACAUCCACGAGAAGCGGGAGGAGAGGGAGGCUCGCUUCUGCAACACGGUCCACGACAUCGUGAACCGGGAGGGCCGCUGCCUGAUCCCCGUCUUCGCCUUGGGGCGCGCCCAGGAGCUGCUGCUCAUCCUGGACGAGUACUGGCAGAACCACCCGGAGCUGCACGACAUCCCCAUCUACUACGCCUCGUCCCUGGCCAGGAAGUGCAUGGCGGUGUACCAGACCUACAUCAACGCCAUGAACGACAAGAUCCGCAAGGCCAUCAACGUCAACAACCCCUUCGUCUUCAAGCACAUCAGCAACCUCAAGAGCAUGGACCACUUCGAUGACAUCGGGCCCAGCGUGGUGAUGGCGUCUCCUGGUAUGAUGCAGAGCGGCUUGUCCAGAGAGCUGUUUGAGAGCUGGUGCACCGACAAGAGGAACGGGGUCAUCAUCGCAGGCUACUGUGUGGAGGGCACGCUGGCCAAGCACAUCAUGACGGAGCCUGAUGAGAUCGCCACCAUGUCGGGUCAGAAGCUUCCUCUGAAGAUGUCUGUGGAUUACAUCUCCUUCUCUGCUCACACCGACUACCAGCAGACCAGCGAGUUCAUCAGGGCGCUGAAACCGCCCCACGUGAUCCUGGUGCACGGCGAGCAGAACGAGAUGGCUCGGCUCAAAGCGGCUCUGAUCCGCGAGUACGAGGACAACGACGAGGUGGACAUCGAGGUCCACAACCCGAGGAACACCGAGGCCGUCACCCUCAACUUCAGGGGGGAGAAGCUGGCCAAGGUGAUGGGCUCGCUGACGGACAGGAAGUGUGUUCAGGGUCAAAGGGUCUCAGGGAUCCUCGUCAAAAGGAACUUCAACUACCACAUCGUGACGCCCUCUGACCUCUCCAACUACACAGAGCUGUGUAUGAGCACAGUGACUCAGACGCAGUGCGUCCCGUACUCGGGUCCCAUCUCUCUGCUGGUCAGUCAGCUGCGCUGCCUCGCAGGAGAUGUGGAGCAGGUGGAGGGAGCGGAGAAGAUCACCGUGCGGAUCUUCAAGAGCAUCACUCUGGUGCACGAGGCCGGCAUGGUGCUGCUGGAGUGGAUCGCCAACCCGCUCAACGACAUGUACGCUGACGCCGUCACUACGGUGGUCCUGGAGGUCCAAUCCAACCCCAACGCCCAGAAGUUUCUGGAAGGAAAGAAGGAAACCUUCGACAUGGACGUGUUCAUGGAGAGACUGGAGCUCAUGCUGCACGACAUGUUUGGAGACGACUGCGUGAACUUCAGAGACGGUAAAGACUUGAGUGUCACUGUGGACGGGAUCACGGCGUCCAUCGACCCCGAAACCAGAACUGUGGCGUGUGCAGAGGACGAGUCUCUGAGGGAGAUGGUGGAGAUCGCCGUCCACCGGCUCUACGACGCCUUAAGCCCCGCCUUCUGACUGAUGUCCCGCCUCCUUUGACAAAGACAAAGUCUUUGUUUGAAUCCUGAUUCCAAAGGAAUCAACGAUCUGCUGCCGAUUGGUUUUUGUACUGAAUAAAGUUAGUUGUUUACAUGGUG